UUUUUGCUGGAGUUUGUCUUCCUCUGGUAGUGCACUCAUGACAUCAGUUGAGCUGGAGAUGUAUUCCCGUAAGUUCAUUUUUGCUUGUUUAAACACUUCUUUAGCAGCUACGGCUUUAGUUCUGGCUUCGUCCACAUUUUCACACUCGAUAAGCAAAUUGUCCACGUAUACAUUUCUGAAGAGCACGGCAUCUUGUUCGGGACCAAAUUUAGCCAGGCGAGCACGAAUAACGGCAGCCAACAUAAACGGAGAUGAGACAACUCCAAAAGCCACACGACAAAAUCGGUAAACAGCCAGGUUCUCGCCCGUUGGUGGUUGCAUAGGGUCCUUCGCCCAAAGAAAUUUGCACACCUCCCGGUCCUCUGGUUCAAGUUCAAUCAUCAGAAAAGCCUUUUCGACAUCAGCAAGCACUGGUAUUGAGCAGUUACGGAAACGGAGAAGCACGCCAGCCAGAUCGGGUAACAAAACAGGUCCGCGGUAGAGACAGUCGUUUAGACAAGCCUGACCCUUUGUAUGGGCACUGGCAUCAUAAACCACUCUUAGUUUCUUCGAAGUAAUGACGGCAUGGUGUGGUAGGUAGUGUUCACGAUUGCCUGGGCUGCAACUGGUUAGCUCUAUAAUUCCCUGUUGUUGCUGUUCACAAAUUACUUCAUUGUAUUUUUUAAGCUGGUCUGGUUCGUUUCG